AGCUCUAGGGUUUCACCCUCCCGUAUAUAAGCCUCCCCCUAACCCCACCUCCAAAACCUUAGCCGCGCGGACGCCCACCACCACCUCCUCCGCCUCGCCGCCGCCGUCGCCGUCCUCCCACCUGCGGGCGACCGAUCCCCCCCCGCCGCCACCAUGUCGCUGAUCGCCGGUGAGGACUUCCAGCACAUCCUGCGUCUGCUGAACACCAACGUGGAUGGGAAGCAGAAGAUCAUGUUCGCGCUGACCGCCAUCAAGGGUGUCGGUCGCCGCUUCUCCAACAUCGUCUGCAAGAAGGCCGACAUCGACAUGAACAAGAGGGCCGGUGAGCUGACGCCGGAGGAGCUGGAGCGGCUGAUGACGGUGGUGGCGAACCCCAGGCAGUUCAAAGUGCCGGACUGGUUUCUCAACAGGAAGAAGGACUACAAGGACGGCAGGUUCUCUCAGGUCGUCUCCAAUGCCCUCGACAUGAAGCUCAGGGACGACCUCGAGAGGCUCAAGAAGAUCAGGAACCACCGUGGUCUGCGUCACUACUGGGGUCUGCGUGUCCGUGGUCAGCACACCAAGACUACUGGUAGGAGAGGAAAGACUGUUGGUGUCUCCAAGAAGCGAUAAGCUAUAUAUCAGCUUCAGAAAUCUUGGCCCUACUACUUUAUUGGUUCAUCUCCAAACAGUCUUGAUGAAGUGUUCGUUUUUAGACAGUUUCCUCAAAUGAUGUUUUGCCCUAGGAUAAUCUGUCACGGUUAUGGAACCUUAAUAUAUUGUAUCCUGCAUGUGUUUUGGAACUUCGAAGAGUAAUUUGAUUUUGAUGAGACUCUCGCGGAA